CUCAUCAGAAACAAGACGAACACAUGAAAACACCUCACACCUGCAGAAAGGCGUGGAAGCAUCAGCAGAAAUACAAAGACUGCUGCACUGACAACAGGAAUCUCACCAUUACUACUACUGCUACUUCUCACCACACACAUGGACACCAUGGUGCACCAGCUGACAUUUGAUAAGGAUAACCAGGAGCGGAUCCAUGCUGUGGAGAGCUCAUUUGGGCCAUCUGGGAAGCCCCUGUCCCAGCCUGGUCGGGUUCUGAUCGGAGAGGGCCGCCUGGUGAAGCAGAGCCGCCGGGGGCCACAGCCGAAAGUCUUCUUCCUCUUCAAUGAUGUGCUGGUGUAUGGCAGCAUCAUCCUCAACGGCCGUUGGCACAAGAAACAGCAGAUCAUCCCUCUCGAGGACAUCCAGCUGGAGGACUUGGAGGACAGUGCAAGAAUGAGAAACCAGUGGUUAAUCCGCACCCCACGCAAGUCCUUCUACGUGGCAGCCUCCUCAUACGAGGAGAAGCGAGCCUGGAUCGAGCACAUGGAGGAUUGCCGGUCCAGACUGCUAGAGAGAGCAGGCUGCACACCCAGCUCCACCUUCGCCGUCACCUGGAUCCCCGACCAGGCCUCUGCUGUCUGCAUGCGCUGCGCCUGCAAGUUCACCGUGACCCAGCGCCGCCACCACUGCCGGAAAUGUGGCUUUGUGGUCUGCGGCGCCUGCUCCAAGAAGCGAGCGAUCAUUGGACACAUUCAUCCAACUAAGUGUUUGAGGGUCUGCACCAUGUGUCACUCCAGCCUUUCCACAACAGAGGCCGGGGCCCAAGAGGUGUCUCGGAUCAGGGGAAGCAGCACAGAGAAGAUCGGCUCAGAUGAAGAUGAAUUUGAGGGAUCCUAUGAGGAAGAGGAGGUAGAGGAGCAGAUGGACGACCAUGACCCCAGCAGGUGGAUGGAAUCCCAGAUGGAUUCCUGGUCCCCCUAUGUCUACCUCAGACCAGAGCAUGUGAGGCCCCAGUGAGCGCAUCAAGAGUGCAGAAACCACCUCAUGUUGGACUUUGGACAUUGUUGAACAUGGACAUAAUGCCGACACAGCUUGGUGACAUACGAGCAAAUGAAAGACAUUCUCACUCCGUCAUAACCAUAUCAAAACAGUAAUUUAUAACAUAACACAAUCUUGUAUAGGUAUUUAUUUAUAUUAAUAAUCUGUGUAACUUGUUUGAACACUUGCUGUGAAGUCUUUACUUUAUUUUCUCUGAUUAUGUGACCAGAGGAUUUUGAGUAGAACACUUGAGGCCGGGCUCGGUCUGCCUCACUACUUUUUUAUUUCAGUCAUGUAUCAUAUCAGUGUUUGUGUACAUGGGAGCAUCCGCUUCUUAUUUAUCUUUGAAGUAAAAAAUAAAAC